AUUAUCAAUUCAUUCACCCCAUUUCCUACGUACAUUUAAUCUAUAGCGGUACAGGUGCUGCUCAACACAUCCUUCGAAUUUCAAUUUGUCAAAUAUUUAAAAGCACCCCUAACAACCUAAUUAUUACGUGUUCGUAAUGUUCUCGACGUGGAUCUCAAGAGUACUCUUAGCAUUACUCAUCACCAUCUUGCAAACCCUCUCGGCGGUAUCUGCAUUGCCUGCCAGCAUACCCGCCACCACCGAGAGCACUAGCGUCAAACUCGUGGCAAGAGGAGCUUCAGAUCCCAACCCGAAUAGCAGCGGCGGCGGUGGUGAUGGUAAUGACGUGGGCGAAAAUAACAAUACCGCUUCAAAGUAGGUCCCUCCAUCCAUCCAUCCAUCCAUCCAUCCGUCCAUCAAUUCAUCCAUCCAGCCUCCCCUCGUUCACCAGCCCAGCCAUAGUUGCAAGUUACUGAAUCCCUUUUCUUCACAGUAAGGUAACUCCCGCCCAAGUUGCCGGCGUGGUCAUCGGCGCCCUAUGUACUAUCGCCCUAGCUCUGAUAUUCUGGUACUGCUUUGUUCAGCACCAACGCAAGAAGCGGGGUCUUAGGAGCGCGGAAAAGUUGGCUGCAAUCGAGAAUACAAAACGGGCGUAUCCUGGUUACAAUCAUGUUGGGGAAAAGCCGUAGGCCUGAUUUAUCGACUGGCUUUGCUUUCGGGCUUGGGAUCUUCUGGAGGAUUGCUUCGGCGUUCGGGCGUUUAUUGCACUUUCUUUCCUUAAUUAUUUUUCUCCUUUAGACUUCUGGGUGGCGUGAGCAUGGCGGAUGCACUGCGUGCAUAGAGUUGUGUAUACAUGUAGCAUACUUUGCUUGCGGCUUCGGGUCGGGGUUCCACAUACCACAGUUCUUCCCUUUCCUUUACUUGUUAAAUACCAGGGGAUCUACCCUGCCCUCGCUAUUUAUAGACUAAAAAUAUGACAAUCAACUUGGGGAUGUG